CUAUCUACCCAUUACCAACCCUAGUCUAAGAUUCUAAGCAGUAUGCAGGUUGUGAUUCUAUAUAAUAACCUGACUGAGGUCUCACCGGCAAACAACAACUAACAGAAAGAGAUGGCAAGUCCACUGCCUCUGCUUUCACUGAACCACGUCUCAUUCGUGUGUAAGAGUGUGACUGAAUCAGUUCAGUUCUACGAGGAUGUCUUAGGCUUUGUCCUCAUCAAGCGCCCUUCUUCUUUCAAAUUCCAAGGGGCCUGGUUAUUCAACUACGGAAUUGGAAUACACCUGCUUGAGUCAGAUAUGGUUCCGGUGGAGACAAGAUCCAUAAACCCAAAAGAGAAUCAUAUAUCGUUUCAGUGCACUGACAUGAGUGUGAUAAUGAAGAAACUGGAUGAGAUGAACAUAAAGUAUGUGAGUGCAGUUGUGGAAGAUGGUGGAGUUCAAGUAGAUCAGAUAUUCUUUCAUGAUCCUGACGGUUACAUGAUUGAAAUCUGUAACUGCCAGAACCUCCCUGUUCUUCCAAUUUCCUCACCAUGUCCUCUGAAGAAGCAUGGAGAAAAAAGAACAUUGAAGAACAACUGCUCUGCAGAAGAAGCAAUCAUGAUGAUGGAUAAUUUGGUGAUGGAUAUGUUGAAGAUUUCAAUAUGAGUACUCGGAAUCACAACUACCAAGCAGUCUCCUUAAUCAUUUUAAAAUUUAUACACAUUUUUUGUGAAAUUAAAGCAUUAUGAAAUCCUAUUAGAAUAUGAAGACUGAAGAGUGUUGUCUAAAUUUGAUUAUGAAUUAUGUUAGUAAUUAUUCAGGUCUAGUCUGCAAAGAGUGAGACGGAUAUGUGAUAGUUCAAAUAGAUGAAUUGUUUUCAUUUGUGCAUAAUGAUAAAAAAUAGUCUCCCUACUCAUUAUUAUUUGUCUAGAUAUGCAGAAAAGAUGAAAAUUAA